CCUCCAGUCAGAAUUCAAGGAAUCCAAAAUCGAUUAAGCUCGACGUAAUCGAACGAGAUAUCGUCUCGAGAUCGAAUAACAGGGGGUGAAGAAGAAGAAGAAGAAGAAGAAGAAGAAGAGGAAGGAGGAGGAUUUCGCGAAGGAACAAGGAUCCCUCGGUGGAAAAUCAUCGUCGAUAUUCGCUCGGGCGAUAAAGACGGCGAUCAAAUACCACCGAGUGUUCACCAAUGAACGUAGCGUACGGUGGUUGCAGACGAGGACAAAACCGUGGAACACGCACGAGGAACAGACAGUGCUGCGUUUUGGCGACCGGGGUCCUCCAGAUUCCCGGAUUCUCACCACCGACACCACCUGACUUCAUCACCUCUCGAGAGACCGACGUAGAUCUUCACAACGUAAUCGUUAAUCAUGGGGCUCGACUUCUUGGCAGACGGAGGUGCCGAUUUCGAGCAUGCAAUCACCGUAACAGGAUUCGGCAAAUUUCAUUAUAUGCUGUUGACGAUCUGCGGAUUAAUUUACAUGGAUACAGCCAUCGGGGUCACGAUACUCUCCUUCGUGUUACCGGCAGCGCAAUGCGACUUGGAAAUGGAUUCCACCGCGAAAGGGUGGUUAACAGCAUCGCCAAUGUUGGGAAUGGUAGUUGGUUCCUAUAUAUGGGGAUGCCUGGCUGAUAUCAAAGGAAGAAAAAUCGUAUUAAUCGCCACUUUAUUAAUGGACGGCAUUGUAGGUGUCGUUUCCUCUUUUGUCCAAUAUUUUUGGAUUUUUCUAGUGUUCCGUUUCUUUAAUGGGUUCGCCGUUACGGGAGCUAUGGGAAUUUGUUUUCCGUAUUUAGGGGAAUUUCAGCCGACAAAAUAUCGUGAAAAAUGUCUUUGUUGGAUGGAAAUGUUCUGGACAGUAGGUGUCAUACUAUUACCACUGAUCGCAUGGCUGAUCAUACCGAUGAACUUCAUGUACCUUACGGACACGUUUUACUUUAAGUCAUGGAAUCUCUUCGUAGCGCUGUGCGCUCUACCCUCGUUGAUGUUAGGCCUGUGGCUGUUCGCAUUCCCGGAGAGCCCGAAAUUUCUUCUCGAAUGUGGCGAAACCGACGCAGCACUCGAAGUAUUUAAAUGGAUCUAUUCGCAGAACACUGGGGAGGAUCCUGACUCUUAUCCGGUAAAGUCGUUGCAAGAGAAAAACAAAGACAAGAGCAUGAGAUCGUUAAAACUACACAAAAGAAAGGAUUUAAAGGUUCUCUUGAAAGAAGUAAAAGAUCUAACAACUGCUCUCUGUAAGAAACCGUAUCUUAAAAAUACGCUACUCGCUUGUGGCAUUCAGUUUGGCCUCACCAGUAGUUACUAUACCCUUAUGGUUUGGUUCCCAGAAUUAUUCACUAGAUUCGAACAAUUUGAACACGAAAAUCCCAAUAAAACCACAUCGGUUUGCAUAGUAUCUGCUCUGUCCAAUAAUGGAACUCAAAUCGACACUUAUGGAUGUGAUACCAUAAUAGCGCCUUCCGUUUAUCUUCACACGGUUUACAUAGGACUCGCCUGUAUUCCUGGUUCCAUCAUUUUACCGAUUUUCGUACACAAACUUGGCGCUAAAUUCUUUUUGAUUAUGUCACUGUUAGUUUCCGGAGCGGUUACGAUUGCCUUCUAUUAUGUCGUUAAUUCGACACAAAAUUUAAUAUUAUCCUGCGUGUUCGAGGCUCUGACGUCUCUCGGUAUCUCACUGGUUUAUUGCGUAAUCGUCGACAUGUUCCCGACGAAUCUCAGAGUAAUGGCUGCGGCUUUAUCUCUCACCAUGGGUCGAUUAGGCGCAUUAGUCGGUAAUUUAGUGUUCGGCUACCUAAUUGAUUUAGCCUGUGUGAUUCCUAUAAUUUUAUUCGCAGCAUUUUUAUUCGUAUGUGGAUUUAUGUCUUUCUUGUUGCCGAAAACAGGAAAAGAAACUCUCGAGUAAUUGAAAUACGACUCGUCUCCUGAAGAAAAUCGAGUGAUAAAAAUAUUUCCAGAAGUGGAAGAACAAUCAAUCGCAUUGACAAAAAUUGUCUUAACGUUUGAAUUACAUUUUUAC